UUUAAUAGGUAGGUCGACAGAUCGAGUUGGCUUCGAUCCUUUGAUAAUCAAAUUUAUUGAAAGUGAUAUUCUAAAAAAUGGAAAAUACCCAGAAAUAUAGAAGAUUGAAUAUCCUAAUUUUACUCUGCCAGUGUAUAGGCAUUAGUAACAUUUCAACCAUUCCAAAUGUGUCAUUUUCCGAAGGCGUUUUGGGUUGUAUAAUAUUCUUUACUUUGACUUACAUUUUUCUUGGAAUUCCACUUUUGUAUAUGGAAACUGUGAUUAGUCAGUUUACGAAUCGCGACUGUAUUGAUGUCUGGAAAAUUUAUCGAUGUACCUCACAUGUUGGUUAUAUUCUAAUUGUAUGGCAAGUCCUGAUUCUUUUGUACAAUCACACAGUCACAUCGUUUCUUAUGCACUAUUUAUUAAUCAGCUUCGAAAGCCCCGUACCAUUUUACACAUGUGGUCCGUGGAGCACCAGAAAAUGUAACAUUUUCUAUAGAAAUUAUACUGUGAACAAAAAUUGUAUUGGAAAACAGCACGGUGCACCGUAUUGCGAAGGUCUCUAUACGACGUAUCCCGAAUAUCAGUACUGGAGAUUUAACUUAGUCAAACUAAAUGAGAAAACUAGUAUAGCUUGGAAGAUAUGCUUGGCUUCGGGAGUACUUUGUAUUUUAAUAUAUCUCAGUUGCUUCAAGAGAGAACGAUCUUUGAAAUGGGCGACAUACUUUUUAGCAAUCUACCCAAUCGCUGCUUACUCGGUGGUACUAACUGGAUCGUUACUCCAAAAAGGAAUAGUAUUCAAAUUCACUGAGGCUUUAGACUUCGAUUUCAAUGAGUUUUCGAAGAAGUUUAGAUUAUCUAACAUAGUUCAACGCGUUGCUUACAAUUUAGGCAUCGGUUCUGGGGUGACCUUGAAUCUCUCUGCAAAUUCUCCCUUCCGCACUCCUUGCCUGUCCAACAGUGUUAUUUGCGUGCUGAUAUGCACACUAUUUUCAAUAUUAACCGUCAUUACAACGGCCCUGAUGACGUGUCCCUAUGCGUUCGUGUUUGAUGACAAACCAGAGACAAUAAUGAAAAUACGUAUGUCGUUUCUAUUUGAAAAAGUGCCAAGAAUGUUAUAUCAUUACGAGAAAAAGUCGUUUUACUUAAUUACUACCUAUAGCUGUUAUACAGCGCUCGGGUUGUGUACUGAUGUAAUGGUAUUCUAUAAUUUAUUGGACGUUGCGUCGAAAAGAAGUGACAAAAUUGCGAAAUACCCAGGACUAACAUGUUUUUGUGGCAACUUGUUGCUGUUUCUAAUAACAAUCCCAUUUUUUAAUUACUUCGGGAUAAACAUAUUUACUGUUAGCUUUAGAAGGCAUGUAAUAACUUUUACUAUAUUCAUAGCUAUGCUUGAAUGUAUCGUGUUUUUGACUUGGUACGGUGUGCAAAGAUUUUCAGAAGAUGUUCACUUUAUGUUGGGAGUACAGCCGCAAUUUUGUAUCAAAACCGCUUGGAUUCUGUCAAGUAUAUUAUUAGGAUACUCAUUCUGCACAGAGCUGGAUCACCAUUUGAGACUGUCCAGUCAAUUGAUUUAUGGGUCAUAUACCGUUUCGGUAAUAAUAGGACUAAUGAUACUAUCGUUUAUAGGAAAGAUUGUAUAUGCUGCAAUUACCAAACAAUUAAGUAAAUUAUUCCAGUUGGAUCCGACUUGGGGUCCAAAAACUGAAGUGUUGCAAAGAAGUCGGGCAAUGUUUUCAGUACAAGCAAUGACUAAAGAGUAUAUGUACAGACAGUACCAUUUGAAAGCGGGGAUCCUAUCACGCCAACGGAAAUCGAAUGCAUUUUGCCAAUAACUGAUAAAACUUGUCCGCGCUAGACCAAGAUGCGUGCCAAAAGCGAAUAGAUUAAUUGGAAUAUACAAAAAAAUACACAAUUAAAGCUCGAUUCUUAAAGCUUUAUGUCAAUGAUAAAAAUUUCAUACUAAUAACAUUCUAAUAAUUUGAAUUUAAUUCAGUCAAUAUAAUCCGUUUAACCUUGAGAUUUCACAGUAUAAGUUUUAAUGAACCCCAUGUAUGAUGGUGUUCCGAAACAUAAAUAGAUAAUCCGAAAUUCUGCUAUACAUAUGACUCAUAUAACCACUUAUGUUAUUAAAUUAAACUGGAAUUAGUUAUUACGUAAUUUACUAUUUAUGAGUCACCACCGAAAAUAUUGUAUAUUUAUUCAUAUAGACAUUCUAAAUAUGCAAACUUAUGUCCGUAUUUUGCCUUACUU